UUUGUCUUGCUCAUAUAUUGCUGUAUUGUCUACAGUAACAUUAACAAUAUUCAAUUUAAGAUAAAGAGUGAAGUAUGCAGAUAAAAAGCCUUAUGCAGAGUAUUUAAAGUGAUCUAAAAGGGAGCCCAGUAGAUAAACAGUACUAUCAAAAUAGUAUCAAACACAAAAAAUAGAUAUGAAUAAGGAAACAGCAUUCUUUCGUGAAAAAAGAUAAAAGCCACAGAAAUACCUCGACUGACUCACUGACAUGAUGGAGAGCACAAACAACACCACAAACUAUACAUUAGACGUUCCUUUAAAAUGCUUUUAUUUGGAUUUGUCAACUGGUGCGUUUAUUUCCAAGCUAAUUGGUUAUUCACUUCUUAUACUUUUUUCAAGCAUUGGAAAUAUUUGUAUUAUUAUACUGACUAUUAGAACGAAGCAAGAACGAGGUGCCAUGGACAUCUUCAUUCUCAACAUGGCGUUCUCGGAUCUCUCAGUACCUUUCGUGAUCGGCCCGAAGUCACUCUACGAAGUUGCAACCCAUACAGAAGGAUUGUGGCAGCUUCGCGGGAAGGCAGGGGACGUUCUGUGCAAGUURACUACAUUCCUAGUCGAUAUUUCACCGAUAGUGUCYUCCUUGACUCUUUGCUGCAUCACCAUUGAGCGAUUCUUGGCCAUUGUACGCCCUCAAAUAUCUCUCCAAUCCAACAAGACUAAAGAAAGAAUGCAUUUCAUCAUGUCUGCUGUUACUUGGAUCAUCGCAAUAGGCUUCUGCGCACCGUACUUCAAAUAUUUCAAACUAACAGAAUAUGACGAUGUAAGAGCUGAUUGUGAAUACUCCUUUGAUAACGAAGUCGCCCACCGAGCGUACACGAUAACAGCCUGCAUACUCUUUAUUGUCCUGCCUACCGUCCUGAUGGCCACCAUGUAUACAUUGGCUAUUAUCACUUUAAAGAGGUCAAACAAGAGAAUGUCAAUCUCUUUAACCCAAGUAGCAAAACACCAGAGAUCAUUGAGGAUGCGUACGGUAUUGAAGUUAUCUAUUGCUGUGGUACUUGGUUUUUUUCUUUGCUGGGGUCCAUGGAACGUUGGGGUGUUCCUCUUGACCUUCUCSUGGGGAUGGAGCAACACCAAUACCUGCGCCUUCAAAUACUACUGGUUCUUUGCGUCCUUUAUGUCUCUACUUAACGCGGCUACCAACCCGUGGACUUAUCUGUUGCUUGUGGAACGCUUCAAACGACAGUUACGCAAGGCAUUCAGGUUAUCAGUGUCAAGAAUCAUUCGUUUYUUGCCAGGAAGAACAGGGCGGUGUGACAUAGGGGGUGGUCAAUAAUAUUUAUCAGACCACCUUCUUUAGAAAGACAWUAAAAGUGUAAAUAACUGAGAAGAGAUAGGAAUCAUAAAAAUAACAAAACAAUGACGUCAAGAAACUAAACUCACUUACAUACAUGAAGAAAAUCAUAUCUUAGACAAGACUCAAAUCUUACACAGCACUAAAUGUAAUAAAGAAUCAUAAGUCAAAUAAACAAAAAUUAGGAAAUAAUGGAGUGA